CCAAAAGAAAGUAGAAAAAAGCAUAUUGAAGAGACAGCUAAUAGAAUUCGGAGGCACGAUCUAAUCAUUCAAUUUGGGCCUCAACAUUUAACCGAGUGUGGCAUUUCCCUUUCCCAAGAAUCAAAACAACUUCUUCGUUGACCGAUUAAUGAACGAAUUUAUUGAGAAUUUCACUUUCAAAGAAGUCAGCCCAUUUUUAUCAAAUUAAUUUUCCCACAACGCGACUUAUUAGCAUUUUCACCGUGAAGGCAAUUUGUGGCUUUUUUCUUAACUGUUUCGUUGGUUGAAAAUAGCUUCUUCACCUUGAAUGUCUUUUGAUAUGCAAAGUCCCUCCCGUGAGAGAUUGAGCUGUAUGCGCUAAAGAGGCAUGAACCUGGAGGAGAUUUCAAUGUGUAAUCUUCCGGUUUUACUUAAAAGUGAUGAUGGGUUCACAUGGAGUGUGGCAAGAGUGGGAGAAGGGUUAAAAAUGGGACUACUACAUAAUCUCAAUUUAUGCAAAGAAUCUCGUGCUGACCAUUUAAAAAGCCCGCGGGAUUUGCCCCAAGUUUCAGUGCUUUUGGGAAAUUCGUUGGAAGUGCAACAACAGCAGUGUUUUGUGGAAAAGUGAAAAAGCUCCAGGAGGAUGCAUGAGGAAAAGAUGAAAGAGAGGAUGGCAAUGGUGAAGCAUAUCCUGGAUCUGGACAUGGAGGAACGAAUGAAUUUCCUAAAUUCCUUCGACACAGUCAUGACGGAUUGUGACGGAGUAAUCUGGUGUGCCCUUCGGGAAGUUCCUGGUGUGGGUGCAACAAUAAAUGCCCUCGAAUCCUACGGAAAGCGUGUGGUGUACGUUUCCAACAACAGCACAAGACACACUGAGGACUACGAGGCUAAAAUUGAGAAGCUCGGUGUGGAAUUUCGCUAUGAGAAUCUCGUACAUCCCAUGGUGUCAAUUGUGGAGUACCUCAACAAGAUUAACUUUCAGGGCUUAAUUUAUGCCAUUGGGACGGAUUGUGCGAAGAAUCUCCUCCGUGAAGCUGGCUUCAAGAUCCUCGAUGGGCCAACGGGUGAAGUGGAGGAGAACUUUAUGAAAAUCUUCAAAACCGUCAAUGAUUGCGAACCCGUGAAGUUGGUCAUUGUGGACAGUGAUCUCAACUUCAACUACGCCAAGUUCAUGCGGGCAGACAUUUAUCUCCAGCACCCCGAUUGCAAUCUCAUCAUUGGCGCAUACGACUACCGAAUCCCCGUGACGCAGGACUUUGAUUUACCCGGUCAAGGACCAUUUGUGGAUGGGCUGGUGGGUGUCUUGCCUGCUGGUAAAAAGCCCAUUGUCCUCGGGAAGCCCGGAGAGGCUCUUGGGCAGCUACUAAUGGACAAAUACUGCAUAAAAGAUCCCAAAAGGGUGCUCUUUGUGGGUGAUCUGAUCAAUACGGAUGUAAAAUUCGCACGAGAUGUGGGCUUUCAGUCCCUUCUGGUGCUCACAGGAGGGACAACGAGGGAGAAAAUGCUGGCAAAUGAAAACAGCACAGCCAUUCCACAUUUCUACGCUGAUUCCCUCUCCGAUUUAGCCACGUUGAUCCAGAGCAUUUUGUCACAAUAAAUUCAUUUUUUCCUUUCUUUCAAUAAAAU